AUGUAUCAUUCCUGCUUGACAACGACUGCAGCGUCCUAUCUGGACAAGGUGUUGGGAGCCUCCGUCAUGGUCAGGAAACACCGCAAUGGAAACUUCACAUUGGAAGGGACAUACUACGAUACCUCGGGGCAGGUGCACAUCAGCCAUAUCGGUGGCCCCAAAUAUGCCGUACAUCAAAUUGCCGAGGUGAAUUAUGGGAACGACUUUGUGAUCAACUCCGAAACCAUCGCGAGACCUCCACACACGACAACAGCACGAGUGAGACGUAGCAGUGUUGACGAAUAUACCAUCGAGAUCCUGUUCUGUGCAGACUAUAAAGACUACUCCAGUUGGGAGAAUCACUUCCACAACCGUACUCUUGCCCACAGUGAGAUGAGAUUAUAUUAUGCAUUCAUUGCACAGUCGAUAUCUAUGAGAUAUGCCAGCGUGACGGAUGUAGAUCCACGCAUAAAGAUUAACAUACUUGUCACCGGCCUGCUGAUUCUGGACACACCAGAGAAAUCCUACUGGACAGAAAACGAGGCAACUCAGUUGGGUACCGUGGAGGUCAAGCCUGCCCUGAGGUCCUUCAAAGACUGGCUUCAGUAUCAGGACAAUCUGCCACCGAGUGAUCACUGGAUGUUGUUUUCUGGGUACGACCUGACCAGCAGCGGUUCCAAGAUCGUAGCAGGUCUGGCUACCUUAGCUGCAAUGUGCACCUCGGCGUCUGUGUCUAUAAUAGAGCAGGACUACUCGGCCAGUGUCGGGGCUACAGCAGCACACGAACUGGGACACAGUCUGUCCGCGGUGCAUGAUGGGACUUUAAUGGCCGGGGGUUGCCCCGCCGCUGACAACUACAUCAUGUCCAAUAAACUCUUCAACCCCACCAACAACGCAACGGCAUCACGACCGUGGGAGUUUUCCUCAUGCUCCGUGGCUGCAUUCAGAAACUACCUGGCAAGGGUAUACUGUGCCAGGGAGACCGGAAAGACGGUGUCCCCAGUCACCACUAAACUGGUUCCAGGCCAGGUGUACUCUAGCGACAUACAGUGUAAACUAGCACUCGGCAAUCAAUCCUAUUUUGGCAGGGGGAUCCAGUUUGACCGCGGCUUUGACUCGAUGUGCAGGGCCAUGUACUGUGCCAUCCCGGGACGACCACGCUACUUCCAGAAGAGCUUCCCAAUGGAGAAGACAACGUGUGGAGAUGGAAAGUGGUGCAUUAAAGGAAGAUGUGUCGUGGAUCCGGAGGCACCCAGAACACCCGAAAACUGUCCGCAAGGGGACGACCCUGAGGAGGCCUGUCAGGUGUCCGACUGUCCAUUCCUCACAGAUAAGGGAACAAUAAGCUACUGCUGUGCUACCUGCGGAGUCAAACCUGACAUAGUACUGCACACCAUGCUGUCAAACACAACACCAACGACACCAACUACAACCACUACACCGACCAAAGAGGUCAUGUCAUCACCGCCCUCUAGCGACCACCAGGACAGGGCGGAGAACUCUUGGCAUGACACUAUUGCACCUGAAUCUUCCACAAACACCAAGGAUUCUUCGGACUCUGUGUUGCCUGGAGAUUCAGAGUCUGGUGAUAAUGGUCUGUCGAGUGAUGUGCCUUCGGGUAGAGAUCCAGUCUCAAGUCUAACCACAAGUCCUAACAAGGGAGGACCGAGCGACAUCGGUCCCGGACUAUUGGGAAUGAUACAAGGAAUAUUUUCAAGAUUUCGAAAUAUGUUUGGUGGUUCCAGCAGAGGAAGGAAUUCAUAUAGAACCUACCCACACGACACAAAGAGAAACUCUUCCGUUGUCGUGGUAACAGGAGACGCCAGUACCAGAUCCACAACAACCCCAAAACGUGGAAAUUGGUUUAUUCGAAUGUUUGGCAACAGAAGCGUUAGCAAUAAUAACAGAACCAAAGUCAAACCAAUUUCUGUUCAUCCGGUUGAGGACACAGGAUACAUCACAUCCGUCCUGAACAGCCCUGGUAAUGGUUUCUUUUCGUGGCAGUCAGACCCAAACUCUGGAUAUUCCCGUUCCUCCAACCCUACACCUAUAAUUGGUGGAUUUUCACGAUUCUUCAGCAUUGGUGCUAGGGCCAAGGGUAACGCUAGCAAUGAAGACAAAGCUAUAGUAAGUUCAGUUCCUCCUAUUGAAUCUAGCCGUAGAAAUACAGCAAGUAUUGCUCCAGUUUCCAGAAUAUCCACCAUCCCCGGGGGUGUUAUUUCCAGGUUUAGCAACAACAACGGAAGACUGAGCCCUCGUUGGCGAUCACGUAAAGUUGUGAGGGUGUCCAGUACCACGUCAGCUGACUCAGGAUUUUCAACUAUCACUCUCAGUCGACCAGGAGCAAGUCGAUCGUUCUGUGUUUCCUGUUCUAGUUCCUGGACAGCUAAACAAAGGGAGAUAAACCGACAGGAAAGAAAGGCGAGACAAUCUUCACCAUGGUCCAGUCGGUAUGGUGGAUAUAGAAACAUAUCUUGGCUUUCCAGAAAUGCCAUCCGUGAGAUUGCAACAUCGAACACAAAUAGUGAUGCCUUCAGAGUUCUUCGGCCUGUGCCAGGUAUCUUUAUUGGGACAUGAGUAUAUCUUUGUUGGGUGGGAGCACCAACCAGACCCUCUUCAGGGUUGUGGAAAAAUGUUACCUGUUUGUUCGAUGGAAAAAUACUGUUGGAAGCAGAGUGUUUUGUUGGCUCGAAAAAUCAACAUUUUGGCGCCUGAUGGCUUAACGGUAUUAAUGCAACUAUUGCGUAGGAUGAGUGACAGUGUCCAUUCCACCAAUAGAUUUCAGAUUAAAUCUUUCUUUCUUUUUUCUAAAUAUCCGGUAAUCUGACAGAUGCAAUAGGAAACCGUAAUCAGGGAAAUUGAGGUAUUACCAUCUUUAGUAUAUUUCCGGUCAGAAGUGUUUCUUAAAAACAUUCAUGGAUCUAUAUUAUGUCAAUUCAAUCCACAUUCAAUUACAUCUCCCUUUCAGUACGCACUGUUCAUACGGAUGCAUCAACUGUAGGCUCAACUCGCGUCCGGCGUAACACUGGAAACACACUUAAAACAAUUAUGAUAUUGGAAAAUGGUCAAAAUUAGUGAGCCACACGUAAAUACCACUUAUAUUCUUUGUCAUUAUCCAUGCUCAUUGCUAAUUAUCCAAGUGUUCAAAAGUUGGACUGUUCCUCUAUAGAGAACUAUUAUACAGAAUUAAAGCAUCUUCUCAGCUAAGAUUCGGACCAAUUAUCUAUAAUAUCCAAACGUAAUCAUUAAGAAGAUACAUGUCUUUUUGCUUUAUCUGUAGACAUCCAAGAGGCAUUUACACGUAUAUCUGCUUGUAAUCUUCCCAUUAGCAGCAAAUGACGGGAAUUUGAUUGUUUUGUAUAUAAUCACAUCCUUUUUCUAACUUAGUCCAUCUGCAAUAGUUUCAUCUCUGUACAUGAAGAGUAUUUUUGUUAUCCGUUAUUGAAAUCCGGGCAAGUCUUCUGUCUCCAACUCAUUCCCACAAUUUGUCACAUAGGUAGUAUUUAUGAGGUACAUGUUUGUUUUGUUGCUACAGUCCUUGUAGGAGAAACUGUUAUCCUGCCGAAAGGAUCACACAUAUGACUUUAAGGUCAUUUAAAGUUAAAAUAUGAUUUGCAUUGGCUCUGUGACUCUCCUUUUCACAAGACGUCAAACAGUUUUGGUUUUGAUCGGUAAAGGUCUUUUGUCACAAUGAGUUACAAAAUAGUCCGCAUCAAAACGGAAGAGUUGUAUUUCCUUACCUCGUGUAUUUCGCCAUUCUUGUUCACAAGAUUUUGGCAUACUGACAGAGAUGGUCACUUGGUGAACGAGGCUGGGUUCCCAAAACGUUCGAGGCGUAAUAACAGUGUUAAAGUUAAGUUACACUGUAGAAAUACGGUAAUUGUGGACCAAUGAACACUUUGCUGAAUGGAACCUGGUCUUUGUUUGAUAACCGUUGAGCGAGUGUCACACUGGCUGGGUACUAAAGCAAAGAUGAUGUAGUUUAUCUUAGUGUAUCCAAACAUAUAAAUGUACAAUAACGUAUGACAUAAUACCCCGUAAAAUACGCACGCACAUAGGUAAUGUGUAAAUGCUCUAAAUACAUUGAAACCUCACAUGUCAAAUAUUAAUUCUGGAAUGUGUAUAUUGCUUGCUUGCUUGUUGUAGUACGCUACAUUCAGCAAUAUAUGACGGCGGUCUGUAAAUAAACGAAUCUGGGCCAGAUGAUCUAAUGCUUGACAUCAGGAAUGCAAUACUUUGCGCAUUAACAUUGACUUCAGCACUUACAGUUCGGGGUACAGUUACCUCCCUUGUGUCGUCAUGACAACGGUGUAUUUUCAGCCUCUGUCCCAUAACAAAAGGCUCUUCAGGGGUGAUGGAACGUAUACUGUUACAUCGUGACAGAGACCGAAUAGCGCAAGUGGUCGGUCAAGACGCAUAAACUUCAGCGAUUGCCUGGAGUCAUCAGUGCUUUUUACGCCGGAUGGAAUAUAUAUGGUUAGUUAAUCCAGACUGGUAUUCUGUCGUUGUCGUAUAAUAUCUACUACCUGUAAAAUACAUACGGGAUAUGAAAAGGGUUUUAUACUGAGAAACUUAUAAAAAUUAGGAUUUCAUCAACUGUUUUCAUAAACUUAUGGAAGGAGGUAAAUGAAAAGAAAUAUUUUCUUGAACCUAUAUAAUAUACUUGUGUGAAGAUUGGGUCAAUACCGCAGACUGUAAUAGCCAAAGUAAGCAAUCACACCAUACAUACUUAAACAUUGUUUUUUACUCUAUGUCUGAGUGAUGUGUAUAAUGUGCACCUUUAAUAAAACCAUUUUCAUAAAAGCUU